AUGGCGAAGAAGGGCUCGCAGUUAUCGCAGCUCAAGGCGGCUCUCUCUAAAGCUGGUGUCACCGGCAGCCAGCAGCAAAAUGGCAAGAAGCGCAAACGCCCAGCUGGGGCGCAGGAAAAAGACAAGGCUAAACGUGCAGCAAAGCUGGAGGAGAUCCACAAGCGGCUCAAUCCUUUCGACGUCAAGGUUACCAAGCUGAAGCACGAUGUUGGCGGAAGGAAGGUCAAGGGCGUAUCUGGGAAGCCCGCGCAAAGUCGGCAAGCAGGUCUAGAACAGAGGAAGAAAACAUUGUUGAAGGAGUAUGAGGAUAAGGGCCGUGCGGGUGGGAUAUUGGACCGACGGUUUGGGGAGAACGACCCGUCGAUGAGUUUGGAAGACCGCAUGCUGGAGCGGUUCACUCGCGAAAGACAGCGGUCGUCGAAAGGUGUCGCGUUCAAUCUGGAGGACGAAGACGAGCUCACGCAUUAUGGGCAAAGUUUGUCCAAGUUUGACGACUUUGACGGAGCUGGCUCGAAGAUGGAUGAGGAUUCAGAGGAGGAGGAGCCGAACCAAAUAGAUGGCGACGUCGUUCGGAAGACCCAUUUCAAGGGAUUCUCUGACGAUGAAGAGGGGGAAGAGAAUCAGCCGGACCGCGUAAAAUCGAAGGCGGAGGUCAUGGCUGAGGUUAUUGCUAAGAGUAAAACCUACAAACUACAACAUCAAAUGGAACGAGAGGAAGAGGACAACGUUCGUCAUGAGCUAGACCAACAAUUCGACGAUUUGCGGGCCUUGCUGUAUAGCGCGCCGAAACCUGCUGCCGACGAUGAUAGCUCCACUCCUCCAUCGAAACCGACACUCAUGGACACAGAUAUCGUUCCUCAAGACGGAAACUACGACCAGCGUGUGCGAGAACUUGCAUUCGAGUCAAGAGCCAAACCCAAGGAUCGUAUGAAAACGGAGGAAGAAGUUGCUCGAGCAGAAAAGGAGGCCCUUGAAAAAGCUGAGCGUGCCAGGCGGAAGCGCAUGUUGGGUCUCGAAAAAAGCGACAGUGAAGACGAAAAUGGCCGGUCAAAGAAGCGGAGGAGAAAGGAUCGCGGAGGAGAUGAUUUGGAUGACGAUUUCGCGCUUGAUGAGGACGACCCCUGGGAAGGGAUUGGAGCUGGUCUUGAGGAGCAGCAAGCAACAAUGGAACCAGACGAGGACGAAGAUGACGAGGAAGAGGACUCUGGUGACGAGGGUGGUUCUGGUAGUGAAGAGGAGGAUUCGGAAAGUGAUAUCGAGUCUGGGGAGCACGAAAACUUGACUUCGGCUCCAAAACCGUCCAAAGGAAAAUCAAAAGCACCCGACAAAGAGCUGCCUUUCACGUUCCCUUGUCCAAGCACCCAUGAAGAACUACUCGACAUCCUGGAGCAUGUCGAUGACAAAGAUAUUCCGACAGUAAUCCACCGAAUACGAUCCCUUUUCCACACCAGUCUAGCCCCACAAAACAAGUUCAAACUACAAACACUCGCUGCAGUUCUCAUCGACCACAUACUCUAUGUUUCGAAUGAGGGCAAUUUUUCCCUUGUAUCUGCGCUUGUUCCGCAUCUUUUUGCGCUUACGCGUGCCUAUCCUGUUCAAACAGCCCAGCAUUUUGUGGCCAAGAUUACCUUAAUGCACAAGAACUUACGACGUGGUCUAUCUCGUGGGGCAUUGGACGUAAACUCGAAAACUUGGCCCGGUUUAUCGGAACUCGCCCUUCUCCGCAUUAUCGGUACAGCUUGGCCAACAAGUGACCUCAAUCAUGCUGUUAUUUCCCCUACUCGCGUUCUUAUAUCGGCUUAUUUGGGUCUUGCACGGGUUCGCUCAGCUACCGACAUCGCCAGUGGGUUGUUCCUCUGCUCGCUGGUCUUGCAAUACGAAACGCUCUCAAAACGAUUUGUCCCUGAAGCCGUCAAUUUCGCCAUCAAUUGCGUUCUUCAUUUAGCGCCCCAUGGGUACAGCAGCAUCAGCGAAAUACCGGGGUCAUUCCCUGUACCGGAUUUCCCGUCAAACUUUGCGCUGAAGAAAGCCCUCAAGAAAGAGCUGCCCAAGGCGGACUUGGCAGCGCUUUUGGUGGACUCAAAUAGUGUUGAGGCGAAGUCGCAGUUAUUGCUUAUUACUGUUGAUCUCCUCUCUCGGUUCGCAGAGAUGUACAAGCCUUUGGACGGCUUCAUCGAGCUAUAUCAACCAAUCCUCGAUAUUCUUCUGCGUAUUCGCGAGCUUCACCCUCGUAUCGGCACCGCGGUCGACAUGCUCAGUCGGCUUCUCAAAUUCGCCAAGGCAGAACGCAAGCCGCUGUUAUUGCAAGCCCACAAGCCGAUACCGAUACCGACAUACGUACCCAAGUUCGAGAUGUCAAAGUCGUCGUAUCUGCGCAACCAGGACCCGGACAAGGAACGGAACGAGGCGGCCAAGCUGCGGGCCCAAUACAAGCAGGAAAGGAAGGGGGCUAUCAGGGAGUUGCGCAAGGAUGCGCGGUUUUUGGCGGGCGUGGAGCAGGAGCGACAGCGAGAGAAGGAUCGCGCGUAUGGCGAGCGGAUGCAGAAGGUUGUCGGGGAGAUUCAGACGGAGAGAGCGGAGGAAAAGGCCAUGGAGAGGGAAAAGGCGAAACAAAAGAAGAGGGCGGGCAGGAAGUAG